AUGUCAGAAGGCCAGUCGGAAAAUCAGCAGCAACACCUGCAUCACCAUCAUCAUCGCCAUCACCAUGACCAGAAUUCUGACCCUGCGCAAAGUCCGGGUGCUAGGAUAGGAAAAUACCAAGUGAUCAAGACUUUGGGCGAGGGCUCUUUUGGUAAAGUCAAGUUGGCUGAACACGUCACCACGGGACAAAAGGUGGCGUUGAAAAUCAUCAACAAGAAAACCUUGGCAAAGUCAGAUAUGCAAGGCCGUAUAGAACGUGAGAUAUCGUACUUGCGCUUGUUGCGCCAUCCCCACAUUAUCAAACUUUAUGAUGUGAUCAAGUCCAAAGACGAUAUUAUCAUGGUGAUCGAAUACGCGGGCAAGGAACUUUUUGACUAUAUUGUGCAACGCGGCAGAAUGCCUGAGGAUGAAGCCCGGCGCUUUUUCCAGCAGAUCAUUGCCGCAGUCGAAUAUUGCCAUAGACAUAAGAUUGUCCACCGGGACUUGAAACCAGAAAACUUGUUAUUGGACGACCAGUUGAACGUGAAAAUCGCAGACUUUGGUUUAUCAAACAUCAUGACCGAUGGAAACUUCUUGAAAACAAGUUGUGGCUCGCCCAACUAUGCGGCACCUGAAGUUAUCAGUGGUAAAUUGUAUGCGGGCCCAGAAGUCGAUGUGUGGUCAGCAGGCGUGAUUUUGUAUGUCAUGUUAUGUGGCCGUUUACCCUUCGAUGACGAUUUCAUUCCAGCGUUAUUCAAAAAAAUCUCUAAUGGUGUUUACACCUUGCCCAAUUAUCUUUCGCAAGGCGCAAAACACUUAUUAACACGCAUGUUGGUGGUUAACCCUUUGAACAGAAUUACUAUCCACGAGAUUAUGGAGGAUGAAUGGUUCAAGGUAGAUAUCUCUGACUACUUGCUUCCUCCAGAUUUGUCUAAAACACUCCACAACAAGAUCGAUAUCGACAACGAUGUGGUGGACGCCUUAACUAUGACCAUGGGCUACGAUCGUGAUGAGAUUUUGAAUGUUAUCAACGCAUGCAAUAAACAGCAAUACCCACAACAACAGUCCAAUGAGAUUCUUGAUGCCUAUUUGUUGAUGAAGGAAAACCAUUCUUUAGUCAAAGAUUUGAAGAAGAACAAGACAGAACGAAUGGAUACCUUCUUGUCCCAGAGCCCACCACCUGCCUGGUCUGGUGCAAGAAACGAGAUGGAAUCGUCACAUCGUGCACCAGGUGUACAGCAGUCUUUGACGUACCAGACAUUAGCGACCGUACCUGAUUUGUCGACUUUGCCCAAUUCCACAAUUGCCAUUUUGCCAUCUUCGUUACCGUCCAUCCACAAGGCAUCUAUGAUGCAACAUGGAUCAGAAAACCAACUCAAGAUUACACCUGUGUCUACGAAAAAACUGAAAACCAAAUGGCAUUUUGGUAUCCGUUCUCGUUCAUACCCGUUAGAUGUGAUGGGUGAGAUAUAUCGUGCGUUGAAGAAUUUGGGCGCAGAGUGGUCAAAGCCAACAGAGGAAGAAUUGUGGACUAUUCGUGUGAGGUGGAAGUAUGGCCCAAGUAUGGUGGACGAAACAAUUGCUGAGGGCGAGUGUGUUCCGCCAGACUUGAUGAAGAUGCAAAUUCAAUUGUUUCAGUUGGAGCCCAACAAUUAUCUUGUUGAUUUCAAAUUCGACGGAUGGGAAAGCUCAACGGGAACGCAACCUGCGAGACAGGAUGUGGACGAAAUGAGUUCAUUUUCUGCCUAUCCAUUUUUGCACUUAGCCACAAGGCUUAUCAUGGAAUUGGCCGUCAAUUCCACGCAGGCUUAA